AAAAAAAAGUUUUCGCUGGGCAGGCCGGGAACGAUGGAGUGAUACGCAUCUCUCUCACGGCACGAGCUGAAGAACCCUUGAUGGACUCAAAGGGGCACUCUUUGCGCUCGAAGACUACUGGUGGCUGACUAUUUCGGAACCCCGAAUUCCUCGCUGUCCACCGACUCAAUUCGGUGGGGAUUUCGAGGAAUGGGUUCGAGAAUCUUUUUUAGAUACCUCAUUUCGUGAUUUCAAAAACACUUUGAUCUGAGAAUCUCGAUCAGCCAAACGCCAAAAUGGUCAAGACUUCCGUCCUCAACGAUACGCUUAACGCUAUCAACAAUGCCGAGAAGGCUGGCAAGCGCCAGGUCCUGGUUCGCCCCAGCUCCAAGGUCAUUGUCAAGUUCCUGAGCGUCAUGCAGAAGCACGGCUACAUCGGCGAGUUCGAGGAGGUUGACGACCACCGUUCCGGCAAGAUCGUCAUCCAGCUGAACGGCCGUCUCAACAAGUGCGGUGUCAUCAACCCCCGCUACCCCGUCCAGCUCCGUGACCUCGAGAAGUGGGCUGUCCAGCUCCUCCCCUCGCGUCAGUUCGGUUUCGUCGUCCUGACCACCUCCGCCGGUAUCAUGGACCACGAGGAGGCUCGCCGCAAGCACGUUGCCGGCAAGAUCCUCGGUUUCUUCUACUAGACAACCAACUCCCAAAAAAAGUUAAUUGUCAUACCCGUGCAUUGGGGCUCGGAGGACCUGGGUUUUGAAAAUCGAG